UAGAUUAAGCAUCAGUCACACACAGUUGUCCUACAGUGGUGAAGGAAGUGCAAUCGCAAAAACUAGCAAAUUUUUGAAAAUGAUUAAGUUUUCCGUGGUGGUUCUGGCACUUGCCGGUGUCUGUCUAGCCUACGAACAUCAUGGCUUCGUGAGCGAAGUGAAGCACAUCCCGUACAAGUACUACGGUGGUGGCGGUGAAAUUGGCGGAGGUAUUGGCGGUGGAAUUGGCGGUGGUUUCGGCGGUGGCGAAGAGGGUGGAUUUGAGGGUGGCAUUGGAGGCGGUAUUGGAGGUGGAAUUGGAGGAGGACUCGAGGGUGGAUACGAGGGUAAGGACUACUAUGCCUACCCGAAGUACAAGUUCGAGUACGGAGUUAAGGACUACCAUACCGGUGAUCACAAGAGCCAGUGGGAAGUCCGGGACGGUGAUGUCGUGAAGGGAGAGUACACUCUGGAUGAGCCGGACGGUUCCACCCGUAUCGUGAAGUACCACGCUGAUAGCAAGAACGGAUUUGAGGCCAUCGUCAAGAACAUCGGCAAGGGUGGACUGGAGCAGGAGAGUGGCUCGAUCGGCGGUGGACAGGGUGGAAUUGGUGGAGGAAUUGGCGGUGGUUAUGGAGGAUACGGCUACAGCUACAGCAAGCUGAAGAAGUUCAACUAAAUCUAACGAUGCAUGCCUGUGUUUUCCCACGUACAAAAUGGUUCCUAGCAAAUAAAGCAAUUGUCUGAGUAUUCAAAAA